AUGGCCGUUCAAACUCCCAAACAGCGGAUUGCAAAUGAAAAGUUUGCCAAGCGCAACGAGAAAAAGCUAGGCAAGGCCAAAAAGACCCAAACCAAGCCGGCCUUGUCUCUUUCCAAGACGUGGAUCUCUGUGCUGCUGUUCCUGCUGGUAGGUGGCGGUAUUUUGGAACUCGUCAGUUUAUUUCUGUAA